AUGCAUCUGUCCCCCAUGGCAUCGGGGUCAUCCUUGUCAGGACGCAGUCCUGGAGAUACAGACAUCAAUCGGAGUGUGCAAACUUGGGACUAUGUAUGUCAGUCAUUAUGUAUCUUCGGUAUGACUGUUUGCUUUGGUCUCCGGGUGUAUACUCGUGUGUUUAUCCUUAACGGGUUGAACAAAGAGGAUUGGAUGUGUGCAACGGCCUGGUUCCUUGGUACUGGCUAUUCUGUCAUUGCCAUAAUCAUGGGACACUAUGGAGGAGGCCUUCACCUCGACGAUGUUCCCCCCCUGGAUGCCAUUCCUUUUGCAAAAACCGUGUACGUGACAAUGGUCAUGUACGGGCCGACAGCCUAUCUCACCAAGGUCUGCCUCUUAUGGAUCAUGACUCGUGUGUUCAGUCCUUUCCGAAAAACCGUCAUCUUCAUCUACGUCUUCAUGGGCAUCAUGCUCGCCUAUUAUAUUCCAGCUGUAAUCGUCAAGAUCCGAAUCUGCAAUCCUAUCGGCAGAUUUUGGAACAAAGACAUCCAAGGCACAUGUCUCGAUGAAACAUCUAUUAUUCUGGCUGACGCCGUCGUGAGUAUGGUCAGCGACCUGAUCAUUCUCCUCCUUCCUCUUCCAUUGACGAUGAGUUUGCAAAUGCCCAAGAAGAAAAAGAUGCGGGUCAUCGGUCUCUUGGGAGCAGGUGGAUUGGCUGUGAUGGCCAGCGUUAUCCGCCUAGCGCUCAUCGUCACCACCGGACAGUCCAAGGACACCACUUAUGCUUUUAUGAGAAUCAACAUGCUCGGAAACGCCGAAGUCGCCUUGGGAGUCAUAUGCACCUGUCUUCCCGCCCUUUCAGCCCUCUUGAUUCGAGCCUACAAUGAACACUCCAGCAAUAAAGCAACCCACACAUCCGAUUACAAGCUAGGAACGAUGCAGAAUCAGUCAAGGACGCAGCGCAGCAAGCAGCAGAUGAGUGUACUGGAGGCCGAAUCCGACGAGGAUGUCCUCAUGUUUAAUGCCCAGGGCACCCCGCGGGUCGAGACGACGGUUCAAGGCGAUACCGAGCGACAGAUGAACCGGAGAGGCUCCCCACUUGAAGGCGGGAUUGGAAUCACAAAAACCGUUGAUGUUUCGACCUCCGUCGAGACUCGAUGA